CCAAAGCCAGUCAGAAGAUGAAAAUGAAUAUGAUCAAGAAGAAAUUAGCCAAUCAGAAAGCGACCAAAAAAAUAGCGAGAUUGAAUCUCAGCAGAGCUGGCACGGCCAAGAAACCAAUUGCUUUAAUUUAAAAAAAAAAGUGGGGUUUUUAAAUCAAUCGGUUAAAUAUAUAAUAGCAAGAUAUAUUCCCCAAUGCCCUAAAGAAGUUCUAACAGAAAUAUAUACAGAUCUUAGUAAAUUGUUUCCCGAAAUGAAAGACUCAUAUUAUUCAUAUCAUUUACAAAUCUAUAUGAAAAAAGAAGUAGACAAGAACCCAACAAUUACGCUACUAUUUCAUGUACAUGAUUUAGAGAUACCCCAUGCUUUACUUGAUACAGACAGGAAAAAGGUUUAUAGACUAAUAGGCGCUGUAGAAGAAAAACAAUCCAUUGGAACCUUUUCUGAUAUACCUAUUACUAUAGAUAUUGGAAAUAAUACUUUAACAAUUUCAGAUGAGUUUUCAGUUUUACCAACAGAAAAAGAUAGCAAUGGUAAGGAUAUAUCAUUAUUUAUUCUUGGUACUAGAUGGCAGCAUCAGGCAGGCUGGGAGCCUAUAGUAAAGG